CCUACAGUGCGCUCGAUUCGCUACUUUUGUUUUUGUGCUUUGAAUGACUACAGCUUAAUUCAGUCCCAUAACCAGCUGAUUUAUUUCGUAUUUUUAUUGAGAUGCUGUUUAGAUACACAAUGCCACGUAACUCAGACUCUCUGGACUGAACGGAAUUGAUGUUUUUCUGCGUCGUGUCGAAUCUGCCGACCUGAACUCCUCGCUGACCAACAUGCGCGCUACUUCCUCGUUACUGCUAGCGAGUCGCUGUGAGGGGCGACAAGAAGUUAGAGCCCCGCGUAAGUAUGUGUGGAUUUAGCUAACGUUUUCGAUGGGGUGUUCCCUUUGGAAACCGCAGGCGCAGAAAACGAGCCGUUUGUAACUCGUCGCCGGGAGGACAGCGCUAUCCGAGGCAUGGAGGCGGAUUUAAAGGCGGCUGUGAGGCUGAUCUGCUAAACUAGCACAGCUUGCUAACACGAUCUCUUCAUCAUACGCGCGGAACUGGAUUACAACUCGAGGCUUUUAGUGACUUCUCCGAUGCUUUUUAGGGGUUUAUCCGAUUGAUGUGCGUGGGAUGGUUGGAUGAGGCGGAUUCGGUGUGAUCCGGAAGGGAACGGUCGCUGUGUGGACACCGACGCUAGCGCUAGCUGUGCUAUAAUAGCGCUUAAAGUGGGUUUCAGAUGUUUUGCUUUGUGUAACAGCGGGGACUGAAGCGCGAGCGAUACCAGUGGGAUCUUAAAUGCCGAACCCAGAGAUCGUCCCCCGCGAGGGCCGGGGGAGAAGCCCGCCGCAGAGGAGCCCGAGGGAGGCGACGCGGAGCAAGAGCCGCCGCGAGCGGCACCGGGACAAGCGCCGGUCCUCGUCCUCCUGCUCCCGGAGAAAGAAGCAGAAGCACGGCUGGGAGCCGCAGCAGCAGGAGGUGCUUUACGACGGCGGUGUUCGGACUCUAGUGGAGUACGACGACGUGAGCUCGCAGUCCGAGCGCUUCUCCGGUAGCCCGUCGCCCAGAACCGUGAGCGAGGCCGAGCUCCAGGACUUCACGCCGGGCAGAAGCGAGCACGACUCCUCCUCUCGGAGGAGAGACGACAAGCAGAUGAAGAGGAACCGGUGCAACCGGGAACGGGACGCGGCGUUAAAGUCCCGCAGCAACGGCAAGAAGCCUUCCUCCGCGGCCCAAGCCGACAGAAAAGAGUCGAAACGACUUAAAAGCAAGUCCAAAUCGGAGAAGGACCCUCCUUCCGCGUACAGGGACCCUCCGCAGGCUUACCGUGAGGACUACUGGCGGAGCAGCCCGAGCGUCAAAGCGGCGGAUAACGUUAACGCUAGUCCCUUCGCGACGGCGUAUUCCUGCGGACACCAGUCUCCUAACACCAACUACCCGUUUAUUUCCAGGAGGAGCCCCCCGAAGCGGCUGUCCCCGAGCUCCACCUGCUACGCUCGGGAUGCAGAGCUGUACGGUGCCUGUAACGUGUCGAAGUCUCCGAGCUCGUACUCCGGCAAGAGGAGGCGCUCCCCGAGCAGCCCGCGCUGGCGCCGGUCCCCGAGCUACGGCCGACACAGUCCCUGCGAGCAGAGCGAGGUCCCCCGCUCCAGGAGCCCCUACAGGAAGACCCCGAGCCCCAGUCCGGACGCCAGUAUCUUGAAGGAGUCUUCAGCAAUCACAGGGAAGAAGAAACCCGAAAGGAAAGCCCGUCACCUCCUCGCAGACCUUCCUCUCCCUCCAGAGCUCCCUGGUUCGCCCCACAGCCCGCCUGAUGACAAAAAGACGCCCACCCCGCGGAAGAGACCAAAAAUAUGUGGUCCACGCUUUGGAGAGAUCAAGGAGACGGAGAUAGACUGGGGAAAGCGGUGCGUUGACAAGUUUGAGAUAAUUGGGAUCACUGGAGAAGGUACUUAUGGACAGGUGUACAAAGCCAAGGACAAAGACACUGCGGAGUUGGUGGCCCUAAAGAAGGUCCGUUUGGACAACGAAAAGGAGGGCUUCCCCAUCACAGCUAUCAGGGAGAUCAAGAUCUUGCGGCAGCUCAACCACAAGAGCAUCAUCAACAUGAAGGAGAUCGUCACUGACAAAGAGGACGCUUUGGACUUCAAGAACGACAAAGGGGCGUUUUACCUGGUGUUUGAGUACAUGGACCACGAUCUGAUGGGCCUGCUGGAGUCGGGCCUUGUGCACUUCAACGAGAGCCACAUCAAGUCUUUCAUGAGGCAGCUGCUGGAAGGACUGGACUACUGCCACAAGAAGAACUUCCUGCACAGGGACAUCAAGUGCUCCAACAUCCUGCUCAAUAACAAGGGUCAGAUCAAGCUGGCAGAUUUCGGAUUGGCUCGUCUGUAUAACUCUGAAGAGAGUCGGCCGUACACCAAUAAAGUGAUCACUCUGUGGUAUCGGCCGCCCGAGCUGCUGCUGGGAGAAGAGAGGUACACGCCUGCCAUCGACAUGUGGAGCUGCGGGUGCAUUCUGGGAGAGCUUUUCACAAAGAAGCCCAUCUUUCAGGCCAACCAGGAGCUGGCGCAGCUGGAGCUCAUAAGUCGUAUCUGUGGCAGCCCGUGCCCCGCUGUGUGGCCAGACGUGAUCAAGCUGCCCUACUUCAACACCAUGAAACCAAAGAAACAGUACCGGCGGAGGUUAAGGGAAGAGUUUGCUUUUAUUCCUCUGAUGGCCCUGGAUUUGUUCGACCACAUGCUUGCGUUGGACCCGAGCAAACGCUGCACUGCAGAACAAGCUCUCAGAAGUGACUUUCUCAAAGACGUGGACCCAGCCAAGAUGCCUCCACCCGAUCUCCCUCUGUGGCAGGACUGCCAUGAAUUGUGGAGUAAGAAGCGGCGCCGGCAGAAGCAGAUGCCGGAGGAGCUGACCGCUCCUAAAGCCCCUCGGAAGGAGCUGGGUCUCGACGACAGUCGCAGCAACACGCCGCAGGGCUUCCCCGCCGCCGGAGCACACAAAGGUCCGAGUGCUGCCGCCGCUGCAGCCCUGCUGGACCCCAAAGCUCCCAACUCACAACUGACUCAAGAACAGCUGGCUGUGCUUCUGAACCUCCUGCAGUCCAAAAGCGCUCCGGGGGGAUCGGCGCAGUUCGCCCAGACCGUGGGGUCGAAGAUGAACCCGGAGACGCUACAGCAGCUGACGCAGGCUUUGCCCCCUGGGCCGCUGGAGUCUGACAGACCCCCGGAGCCGCCUCCGCUCCCCAAAGUGUCCAAACCCCCGCAGCCGCCCCGAACACCACCCAUGCUGAAGCCGCCUUCGCCUCCAUCCCCGCAGCCGUCAGGCGACGGAGAGGCCUCGGCCGCAGCCACGCAGACCGCCUUUUAUUUCACGCUGUCACCGUUUGAACUAAAUGAAACUCCUGCGGUUGUGUUUCUUGCAGCAGCUGAAGCCAGCGGCUCGUCCUCCAGGCCUCUAGAGCCUCUCUCCAUUCUCCCGCCGGACCAGAGACCCCCAGAACCUCCAGAACCGCCUCCCUGCGCAGACCUGGACUACCGGCAGGCCCCCAAGACCAAUCCGGCUCUGCCGUCCUUCGCAGCCCCAGGAGAAGCUCCCAGACCUUCGGAGCCAGACUUCAGCUGCCCCCCGCCGCCGUUUGGCUUCCCAGACAGCUACCUCGGCCACAUGAUGCCCCCUCAGCUGCCUCUCGGCCCGGAGACCUUCACUCACGGAGCCGGCGCGGUGUUCAGCGGAGACAAGGACCAUCGCUUCGAGUACAAUCACAGCGGACCGGCACCGGCCCCUCCGGGCCAAGUCUGGACUUCUCCAUCCCAAUCCCUUCCGCUCGGGUACGUUCCCCACGUGAACACGGCCGCGCUUCGGGGCAGAGGACUCCCUUUUUGACCGGAUCCUGACGAACUUCCAGACGCCUUGGAAAAGGAAGACUAAUUCUGAUGAUACACGGGGCAAUUUUUUGAGCAAUGUUGCUAGGCAACUUUGGUUAAAAGGUUA